UUCUUUGUCCGAUUGUGAAGACAUCCAACUCACCUCAACUCGUCUCCGACGCAUCGUCAAUUCUGAAGUUUUCUUCUUCGAUAACUGACUUUGCAAUUCUCAAAUGGAGAUUCCAGGUGUCUGUCUCCUCAUUCUGUCCCUCUCUAUCCUCUUCAACCUUUCCUUUUUUGCUCUGGCCUCCUUCUCUCCCAUCGACAACCACCUCAUCGAUUGCGGCUCCACAGUGGACUCCAUCGUCGACACUCGCCGCUUCACCGCAGAUGCCUCCAACUCGGCAUUCCUGUCUCAUACCCGUUCAAUACCACUCACCGUUCAAAAUCCCAGCCCUGACUCGCCCAAUAUCUACCGCACAGCGCGAGUCUUCACCAGACCAGCAAAGUACUUGUUCUCUAUCCGCGAUCGAGGGACUCACAUGGUACGCCUUCACUUUCACGGCUUUAGUUCUCCCGAUUUUGUUCCAAGUGAUGCUCAAUUUCAUGUUGUGGUCAAUGAAUAUGUUGUCUUGAGCAAUUUUAGUAACCGUAAUGAUAUGAACCCUAGGAUUGUGCAGUAUUUAAUUUGGGUAGACUCUGAUAAGCUAGUAAUUUCGUUUAUACCGACGAUGAAGUCGAAAUAUGCUUAUGUUAAUGCGAUCGAGGUGAUAUCUGCGCCCAAGGAUUUAGUUGCAGACACAGCUCAGGUUGUGAAAACAUCACAGGCUGUAGAUGGUUAUCGUGUUGAGAUGAUUGACGGGUUAACUAAGCUAGCAUUGGAAACUGUGUAUAGGAUCAAUGUAGGGGGCCCCAAGUUGACUCCCUUUAACGAUACUCUGUGGAGGACUUGGGUUCCUGAUGAUGAAUUUUUCAGAUCAAAUGAAUUGUCAAAACUGGUGUAUUUUAGCAGUCCAAUUAGGUAUCAAAUUGGAGGGGCAAGUCGUGAAGUUGGUCCCGAUUUUGUGUACAAGACUGCAAGAGUGAUUCGUAGCACAAAUGCUUCAAUUUGGAAUAAGAAUAUGACAUGGGAGUUUCCAGUGGUUCAGGGAUACAAGUAUCUCUUGAGGUUGCAUUUCUGUGAUAUUGCCAGUAUUUCGCUUGGUUUGAUAUACUUCAAUGUGUAUGUUAAUGAAUAUUUGGCGUAUUAUAAUUUGGAUCUCUCGUAUGUUACAAAUGGGAUGUUGGCUUCUCCAUUCUAUGUGGAUUUUGUAGUUGAUGGUGAUAAAUCUGGAAUUCUGACUCUUAGUGUUGGACCAUCAAAUAAGAGCAUGUCAUAUGCUGUUGAUGGUAUUUUAAAUGGGGUGGAGCUCAUGAAAAUGAAUAAUUCCGUGGGUAGUCUUGAUGGGGAUCUCUGUGCCAAGUCGGUCCUUAAGAGCUGGUCAAGAGGAAAUAUUGGCCUUUUGGUUCCUUUGGUUGCUGUUUUGUGUCUGCUUCUGAGCAUAUCCUUGCUUAUGCAAAGGAGGACAGUCAGUUUGAGGGACUCCGUGGCAUGGUCAAAAUUGCCUCUUGAUGUCCCUGAAGUUAAUUCAAAGCACGACAGUCUGCAGUUAUCCGCUAAAGUCUAAGCUGAAGAUCUAUGUUGAAAUACAUCACUAUUUUGUAAUAUACAACAGUAGGGUUUGUUUGAUAUUGAAACCUCUAUGAGCAUUGCAUGUUGUAGUUAUUGCAAUUUUCUCAAUUAUAUUGGAGCAUAUCAUUCCGGACUAUGCUGCUUUAAUGUCCAUUACAUACUUGUACUGUAUAAACCUUUGUUCUGCCGGAGCGACGACAUAAAGGAGAUACGUGAUCUCAAUCAAGUGAAUUCAGAGUUAAAAUGAUA